GCGCGCUUUUUGUAUAGGUUAAUACGAUGUCGACUUAUUUAACCUGAGGAUUGUGGAUACAAUGGUCGGAUUACUCAAAAAAGCACAUGUAAACACGAACUCUUUGGACGAUGAGUAUGAGAUUGGGGAAAAAAUUGGAGAGGGGCAUUUUGCAGUGGUUCAUCAGUGCAUUCACAAGAGAUCAAGAAAGGAAUUCGCUGCAAAAUUUAUUAUGAAGCAGCGUUUGGCCACUUCUACAUUAGGUGGUCAAAAUCGUGGCACGGUGCUUGUUGAUAUAGACAGAGAAGCCAAUAUACUAGCCAACCUACAACACGAGAACAUUGUCAAGCUACAUGAAAUGUUUUAUUGCGAGGACACCGUAGUUAUUAUCCUUGAUCUCGUCACUGGUGGUGAGCUUUUCGCCAGGGUGGCAGAAUGUGAAAAGCUUUCCGAAGAAGAGGCAUCCAACUUUGUGGAGCAAAUUCUUCUUGGAGUUCAACACAUGCAUUCCUGUGGAAUAGCUCAUCUGGAUUUGAAGCCGGAAAAUAUCAUGAUUGAGGACUUGGCCUCCAGGAAGAUAAAAAUUAUCGAUUUUGGCCUAGCCCGUGUACUCAGCCCCAAUGAAACAUUCCAAGAUAUGGCCGGAACCCCGGAGUUUUGUGCUCCUGAAAUAAUCAAUUAUGAUGCAAUCACACUGGCAACGGAUAUGUGGGCGAUCGGUGUCAUAACUUACAUUUUGCUAACCGGGAUUUCUCCGUUCGCUGGGGAUACACAAAUGGAGACGUUUCAAAACAUUUUGGACUGCGUGGUCAACUACUCUAGGGAUGAAAUGAAAGAUGCAACUGAUUUAGCGAAGGACUUCAUUCGCCGCCUGUUAGUGAAAAAUCCGCGAAAGCGUUCGACCGUCGAUGAUUGUCUCAGUCAUCCGUGGAUUCGACCCUGCAAUAUGAUGCAGACCGAUACUCGAAGAGGAAGCGUCAUCAAGAAGCAAAAUCUGGAUUGCCUCCGACAUUUUGUUGCAUACCCCACCCCACCCGCCUCUCCUUCCGUGUCAAGGGCAAUCAAGGGUAAACAAGUGGUACAACUUCCCAGCCCACAUGAACUCACUCCAGAUGCUGAUCCAACGUGUACUACUUCCUUGAAUCACGUUAACUGCAACUCAAAGAAAUCAACUGAUAAUGGUCCAAACGUACAGAGAACAAUGCUCAAAAAUGGGAUUGAAAAUCAUACUUCUAAUUCGAAUGAAUCCGAACAUGCAAUCUACUCAGAAGUUGGGUUUAAGAGCGAGAUACAGGGCAAUCCUUGCCAAGCAACUGAAGUUGAGGGCAAGACACCCAUCCUUGUUGACAAUCCCAUUGGCAGAGGAACGGCGGGGAACUGGCGCUCGAAUCUUGGGAACAGCCUCAUUGGCAGACUGGGAGCAGCGCUUGCAGCGGCCACUAUUCACUCACCUACAACUAUAGGGGAAAGCAGAGUGGAGCAAUCAAUAAAGGUCAGCCAAGGUAACGGCGCAGAAGGCGUUCCUGGAAAACCAGUCGAAUCCAAGAGCACUAGCGGAAAGCGUGUGAAUCAAUGGACCAACACGCUUCAUCAGUUCCACCGCCCCCGCAAGCCAGUAAACAGAAUAAUGCACCUGGGAACCGUAUCACGCGCUGUUAAAGAGUUCGAGAUCACCGCAUUUAAUUCCAAGGACUACAGAAGCACCAAUGAAGCACAAACGGUCAACAUCAAGUCAUCAGUGACUUCCAUACCAUUGGAAUCAAGCAUCUGGAACUCCCAAAAGAUACAACCAACAACUCCGCGGUAUAGAGAACCUAAUCGACUUCAAGUCGGCCGGCUCCAAGAAAUGUUCGAAUCAAGAACAACAAAACAGGGCGAGUGCACCACAGCACUCCGUCCAGUGAACAGGAUGUAAAUUCAUCAUUGUCUCUUGUGAUCUCGGUCCGCCUAUCCAGCAUUUGUCUGUCUUUCAUUGUGUUAAGACACUUGAAUGAUGCCUGACGCAAUUCCACAGAGCCGCUAACCAUGCGGAAUGCACCCACACAAAAUUGCAUAGGAAAGUGCACGACGUGCGAUAACUGUAUGCACGGUCAGUUGGACCGUGUGCUCUUUUCACUUUUCUUCGCAUAUUCAUGUUCAGCUUCCGACCGACUCACCGAACGAUACAGCACAUUUCCAGAUGACGGCAUCCCCAUCAAUAUUUCUCAUACGUUAACGAUUUGUAAUGUCUCCGAUCCUUCCGUUUUGCUCACUUAUGAUGACGUUUUAUCCAGAAAAUUUGCCUUCAAGUC